GUAACACUUCACCACAAACCUGUUUGUGAUCUGCUCUUAUUUAGUAGGACAAGGCACACUUCUUUUUGCAGACAAUUUAGCAAGAUAUUCUCACAAAUGACUUGAAAGGUUGGAUUUUAGUUCAUCCUCGUGGUGAAAAUGAUGUCCAAAGCGCCAAGGUGGCCUGAGGCCGUGAUCAACAAACCUACACAUAGGAAAUCAGGAAAGGAGGCAUCAUCUUUAACAGUGCCUGUAUCCAGUAGAGGCAAACAGGCUGGCAACACCGCAAACAAAGCCACUUCUAAUGGCGGAAGGAGUCACGGCAUCUGCAGCAAGACUGGUGUGACUUUGAAAAGAAGCAACCACCAAGGUUCAGCAUCUCGCCCACCCAAGCCAGCUCCGCAGCUCUGUAGCAGUCAGAGCUUUUCUUCCCUCCACACGUCCUCGCUCAAUGCUGCUUCGUUCAUGAGGAGCAGUCGCUCCCUCAACAGACUCGACCAGAGAUCCACUGAAGAUGAAUGUGAUGUCGUGGGUUCAGAUUCUUCGGUAAACAAAGGACCGUCCUCAGAAAACAAAGUCCUAGAUUCUGGGGAGCCAUUCAGGAAAAACAAAGAGCAGUGUCAUGGCGAUAAUGAUGAAAAGAAGCAAGUGAGCAGUUCUUCAGAGACGCUAAACACUGCUUCCUCUGAGCUCCCCACCACUGCAUGCCUUCAACACGCUGACAAAGUCGAGAAAGAGAACAAAGACGCACUUUGUGCAGUGACUGCUGGGAUUCAACGCAACCUGGUCCAAACAGCGUUGGAAAAUGUGAGGCCCACAACUGUUCCUGCGAGCUCCCAGCUGGAGCAAAACGCCGAGGUGGAUUCCAAAGUGGCGCACCGAGACAGCUGCUUGCAAGAGAACUACAGCUGUGAAGGUGCCGGAAAGUCACACAAACAAGAAGAACGAGGAGAAGGAGAGCUCAAAAUGCAGCAAGCAAUGCAGGAAACAUCUGCCGAUGUAAGCUCGGUGCCAUCUUCCAGACUGUCGCUCUCCUCCUCACCCACUGAUUCUCUAUCACCUGUCAAUCCUACACAGCAGGUGCAAGGAGAGGGCUCCAUACAUUCACCAGAAUGUGCUGAGGCAAUGCGGUCGAAUGAGGAGAGUUUGGAUCAACAGCAGCGUCUUUGUGAGGCACAAACAGGGCGACUUGUCAAAGAGCUGGAACAAACACAGACAGAACUGUCUCGACUGAAACAUGAACUGCAACAAGAGCGAGAGAGUCAUUUAAGAGGAAAGGUUAUUCAAAAGGAUCUUCUCUCCAACACCACGUCCUCAUCAGAACAAACUACGACUGUGCAACGACUGCUGAAGAUGAACCAUGACCUCCGCGCUGAGUUGGAAGUCCAAAAGAGGAUACAGGAGGAGGCCAGGGAAGCUGAACUACGUCGAAGAGUUGACCUAUUAGCUCAGCAGGCACAGCUACUUGUGACGGGGGACGCCACAGCCCUUGCACAGGCCCAUCUAGAGCAGGAACGCCAAUGGUUUAUUGAACAACGGAUGGAGUGGGAGCGUACUGUCGUCUCCUUGAAGAGCCAGCUGAGCAUCAGCGAAGGGAAGCGGAAGGAGUCCGAGCUGCGUGCGACACAGCUGCAGGGGCAGUCGCACAGUUAUCACGCUGUCCAAGAGGAGGCUGAAGAACUGAGGAAGGCUCUCCAAGAGGCUAAAACACAGCUACGAACCAACGAGGAUGCACAGGCUCAAAAAGAAGCUCUCCUGCAGAAGCACCUCAUGCUCCUUCAAGCCAGCCAGGACAGGGAACGACGAAGUUUGUCAGCCAGCUUGGCACGGGCAGAGCAAAACUCCCAAGAACUGCAGGAGAGAUUGGUCAGGGCCGAGCAGCAGGUGGAGAGCCUGAACAAGAACCAAAUGUGGAGCAGGGACAGUGAGGACACGCAACAUCAACUCCAGGAGGAGUUAGCUUCUUCUGUGGCUGCUGUGCAAAGGUAUCAAGAUGACAAAGAGGAGCUUGAGCAGCAAUGUCGAGAGCUGCAGAACCUGUUGUCUGAGGCAGAAGAAGAAGUGGGCAGGCUGCAGAGUUUCUUGAAAACAGAAGAAUUACACUGCCAUGAUCUGAAGUGCUCAUACGAGGCUGUCUCGGAGGAGCUGCAGGUGGCUCUGCAGAAGGUGCAGCAAAAGGAGGCUGAAACUCAGGACAUGCGUGAAGGCUUUGAGAACCUCCUCGACAGGAAGGAACAGGAGCUUAAUGAAGUUCUGCUGAAAAUGGAAGUCUUAGGUAAUAGCCUGGAAGAGACUGAAGCAAAACUCAGUGAGGUGUUCAAAGUUUGUACUUGUGCUACAUCUCGUCUGGAGGAUGAGUGUGUGGAGACUGGGAAGGACAAUGAAGAGUUGGUGGAACACCAUUUAGCAAGUGACAGCAGAUCAGAAGAAAGAGAUCAGUUACAUAGCAGCUCAAAUGAUCAGAAUCAUCACUAUCAUCACGCACGAGUCCGGUCCCAUUCACUAGGUCCAUCACACCAGUACAUCAUCACCUCAGGAGAUGAUCCGGAAAGGUUUACAACUGUGAUCCAGCUACUUGAAACCAAGCUUUUCGUAACAGAGGAAAGGCUACGGGAAAUCACCCAUCAACUGGAGGAACACCAGGAUCACAUGACGUGCCAGGACCCCCACCUCCACUCCCAGCUCACUCAGAGCCGAGCCUCGGCCCAGCAUCUCAACCUGCUGCUUCACAGCCGAGCCAAGCGGAGCCGACGUUUUGCUCAGGAGACGGAGAACCUCUGCAGGCUCUUGUCCGGCCGCCUUCAGGCUGCACUGCACAUCAUACAAAGCUGCAGGGAGACACUUGAACGCAGCACCACCAUCGAGCUGACCGACUUCGAGGGGAAACUGGCUGCUGUUGAGGCGUGUCUUCAGCAAGGAUGGGAAGAUGCAGAAAAACAGCAACGUGCAUCCUUUCAUGCCUGCAAAGGAGAGGACGACAUCCUCAGUGAGGCUUCAGCUGCAGCUGAGAGCAGCGUUGACACACAGCUGACUCACACGGCACUUUCUGAUGACAUGGCAAGUGCUGCUGAGUGUUUGAUGAGAGAAUUGGUCGUAGUAGAAAAAAUGCUGGCGGCCCUUCAGAGUCCAAAUAAUCAGCUCAAGUCUUUCGUGCCAGAACAAAGUGAUAUCAGCUUAGCACACAGGUAUAAACUCAUCCUCGCUCAAAUAGUAACCUUAAAGAAGACAGGAGAGGCCAGUGUCCAUAGUGGCAUCAUUAGAGCAUGCACUGACGCAGAGCUCAUUUAUGCUGCCUUUAAAAUCCAGCAGCAAUAUCAGGAUGAAACUCAGGAGCACAGUGGCGAGAGGGAAGGUCUGGCACACAUAAACCGACCGGAGUUGGCUUCCUAUGGGGAGCAGGUCAAUGGAGAGGACGUGUGUUUAGAUGGAACAGCUAAAUCUCUUCAAUGUGAUGAGAAAAUGGGGGAUAAAAGGACUCCCUGGUUAGACAGACUUAUAUCCAAGCUGCAAAGAAGAGCUAAAGUCUUGUGGCGGCUCAGUCAGGAGGUCCCUGGCAUGGAGGAUAACUUGGAUAUAGACUCUCCGCUAAACAUGAACUGGAUGCAGGAGCAAGCAAAGCUGGUUUAUUUGUCAGAGAGGCUGCACUUAGAUUUGGAGCAGGAGCAGCAGAGGAGCAUGGUGCUGCAGGACAAACUACAGGCUUGGUGCAAACAGUGGGAUUCCUCAUUAACGGGCGGGCAGGAGGCCUUCAAUUACACCUCAUGUGAACUUCAGGAGGACAACAAAGCACUGAGAGAGGAACUGAACCAUGCCAAGGGCAAGGUAAUAUCAAUAGAGACUGGAAAACAGGGAGGCAAAGAAAACAAACUGAGGAUUGAGGAUGACUAUCAGGAGAGGAUGGAAAAACUGGAAGCAGAGUUUCAGAUGAAGAUACAGGGACAGCAGCAUAUACGCGAGGCGGAGAUGGAACAUUUGCAUGAAAAGAGAAGAGAAGAGAAACAUGUUGCUAAGAGCAAAGAGACACCUCUAUUCCACCAAGGCACAUCCUCCCCAACUGAAUUUCAGGGGGUCUUCUGGGAUAAAGAGGUGCAGCAGCAGCAUGAGAAACAGGUGGAAGAACACGUGAAGGACAAAGAGAUGCCGACGCAGGAGGAAACAGCAGCCAUUUCUGCAGCGAGGAGAGCUCAUAAAGAAGAGCUGGAGAGAAAUGGACAAACUCAACGCAUCUUGGAGAGUGAAGACAUCACUCGUAUGCACAAUGAAUAUCAGAAGGUGAUCCAGUUAUUGAAUAAGGAGCUGGCGCUGUUGUCGCUUCAGCACACUCAAAAAUGUUUAGAGAACUCUCAACUGCGAGGAGAGUUGCAACUGAGGAGAAAAUCCAUCACAAAGCACAGAGAGAAGCAGCGAGACACAAAUGAAAAGGCUCCAGUGUAUUCCGCCACAAAUGGGAACAAUCCACAGUCACCGUUGCAAACCAAUGACUUCUAUGAGGAGGAGAUCCUGCGGCCGAGGGAGGCCGAGAUGCAGUUCCUAAGACAGGCAGCUGUUGUUGGGAGAGUCAGGGAAGAGUUGAAAACUGCUGAAAUGGAUAAAAUGUACAGCCAGACCAAGAAGAAGAACGUUUCUAAAAACAACCACAAUGAACACCACCAUGUCGACACUUUCAGUGAAGACGUCAGGUUUGACGCCUGGUCUUCCAACACAGUCACAGCUGGACAGAACCCUGACGUCAGUGCAGCCAACACAAGCAACGCUUCUCUCCUGAAGAAAACGGACAAACCCUCUCUCCUACGUCGAAUCAGAGCUGUGAGGUCAAAGAGUUUGAAAGAGGGUCUUUCUGUCCAAGAAAGGAUGAAGCUGUUUGAUUCAUUCCAAGGUGGAGGAUACUUUACAUGAAAUGACACUUCAUUUAACAUGUUAUAACCAGUAUAUAUUUAAAGUAGGCCUGUCAAAGUUAACGUGUUAUUAACGUGUUAACGGAAGUUUACUUUAACGGCACUAUUUUUUUUUUGACGAGCAAUUAACAUACGCAUGUCCUGUCUGACCCUCAUGUCCUGCCGACGCCGUAGUUUGAGGAAGCAGCGGUCACCGUGGUGCAACAAGCGGGAGCAAAUCUUGAGCAGAAAUGGAGAAAAAAAGGGGUAUUUUGAUUGGUAAAUUUAGCUUCAAAGCCCGGGCAGAUGGCUCUCGCAACAAGACCACAGUUAUUUGCAUCUACUGUCGCUGUGAUUGGAAUUGUCACCGCCUACGUCGUCGACGGCUUGCCAGAGAGAAGUGGGAAGGUCCUGAAGCACUGCCGGUAUUUUAAAAUUGCCAUUUAUCCAGUGGUGUCUUGGGAUACAAGUAUCCCAACUACCGAGUGUUUUAUUUUUUAGAAGCGAGCCGUCUCAGGGCUGAUUUUUUGCUUGGAGAUAAAAUUUGGGUACGAGCUUCUAGUUAACGGCAGGCAAAGCCGAAGACAGCUAUGUAGGCGCUUCUGUCAAUUCAGCGCUAGCAGCGCUAACAGCAGCUAGCAUUAGCAGUGCACUAGCUAGUCUUCAACACUUCAGUAAAACAUAUGUACAUUAUAACGAUCAAAUUUAUUUUAUUUAUUAUCUAUUGUGUAAAACUAUGACUGGAACAACAUCAAAUUAAAAGCACAAAAUGAAUACAGACCCACCAUCCACCGGUACGAGCCUGGACUUGUUUGUCCAGAGAGGUUGUGUACCACAAAUAUGCACAUUAGCACUCGAUAAUGUCAUCGAACCUUACCUUUAUGCAUUCCCACAUAGAGUCAGCAUUUGGUGAGGGGAAAAGGGUAAGAAUACAGUACAGUAAUCUAUCUGUGCAGUGUGGGAAAACGUAGAGGGUGCAUUCAAGGACUGUCAAACAGUGGGAAAAAUCGCUGCUCGCAAUAAACAUUCAAAAACUGGGGGAUUUCUAACUAUAUUAUUUUUGAAUAAAAUAAUGGCCCAUAUUUCCAAAAUUGAUACCCCUUUAUGUAAAAUGUGAUCUAGUUAUCGUAGUUGCGUAUCGAAUUGUUUAUUUACAUCCCCACCCACUAUAGAUAAAAACUUAUUUUUAACUGCGAUUAAAUGUGAUUAAUUCCGACUUAACUAUGGACAAAAUGCGAUUCAUCGCAAUUAAAUAUUUUAAUCGACUGACAGCCCUCAUUUAAACAUGUUUUGCGGUAGGAAACUACUUUGGUUUAUUUACUGUACAGUAAAUAUGCAUCACCUCUACUGUGAUUAUGCUAUUUUACCACCAGAUGUAGCAUCAACAACAUUUUAUGAAUUAAGUGGAGGAAUGAUGCUGCAGCAGGUCACUAUCAUGCGUCAAUGUGAUCAGAUCCAGGUGGCCUCAGGUAACCCACAAUUGCAUAAGAUGGAAUGCCUGCUGCUCUACCAAUAAUAGUUUUAGCUCAUGAUGAAGUGGAGGAUCAAGGGAUUUGUAGUCCACAUUGUUCAACAGCUGCCAUUGUAGACAAAGGUGACCUUUAACACAAUUUUUGUGACAUGACUGCACUGAACAUUAUAGUAAGUUGAACAUUAACUUGCUUACUUAUCAUAAGACAAGUCUCAACCGGCACUUUAGCUGGCGCAGUCGCGGAUUCUUUGGAUUCAAUAUUACAAAAUCUGGUACAACAAUGCAUAGUUUCGACUGAUACUGUAAAAUCAUGUCAUCGGAUCAUACCGAGAACCAGUGGCGGUUCUAGCAAUGCAACGCUUAUUUGUUCAUCAGGUCACGCAUGAUAUGUCUGUCGGAUGGAACCCUCCGACACGCAAGACACCGGCAACCCCGUAGUUCUCACACGAAGUGGAUAAAACCAAACCGAACAGUGAGGGGGAGGAUGUUUGUCGGAUGGACGCCCUCUACAGUGAGCGGGAGGAUAUGUGGUUUGGGUGGACACCCUCUACAGUAAGAAUACGGCAAUUUGAGUAGUGACGGGGGUGAGAUCAUUGCCGGGCCUCAGCCUCAAGCUAAUUAAACAGGUAAAUAAGUGAAUGACAUCAGAAAUUGCUUCAAAAUAAAGCAAAUGUCGUUCUUAAUAUUGUAUCAUAUUGAAUAUAUCGCAAGCCAAGAGUUUCAAACAUGUUAUUUCACUACAAAAAUGUUAAAUACCAAAAAGUCUUGACUUAGUUGAGGUGUCGACAUUGGGUACGAUGAUGAACUCAUUCAAUACCGAAGACGUAGUUAUACGUUUGUAUGAACCCGAACGCCCGAUCCCAACAACAUAUUUUUAUGUCUUUUACGUUUUUUUUGCGCAACAGGCAAAAGAGGUCCACUAAUGCGUUUCACUUCAGAGCAAUUUGAAGCCAUAAAAACAGCCACAAAAUGGCAGAAGUGCAUUUGAUAAGAGCUCAGCAGGGACCAUGUGAACGGGAAAAAAAUCACAUGACAGCAAGGAGGACUUGAGAGAGCGUGGAGGAUUGUAGCGUGCAGAAAGUUACGCAUUGUAGGGUAAUUUGAAGGCAUGCACAUGUACACGUAGUUCAGUUCCAAAUGUGAAAAUUGUAAAUAGU